AUGGCGGAUGAGAGGUAUAAUCGGAAGAAUCCGGCGGUGAAGAGGAUUCUGCAGGAGGUUAAGGAGAUGCAAGCUAAUCCGUCUGAUGAUUUCAUGUCUCUUCCCCUUGAGGAGAACAUAUUUGAGUGGCAAUUCGCGAUCCGAGGACCUGGGGACACUGAAUUUGAAGGCGGGAUUUAUCAUGGGAGGAUUCAGCUGCCUGCAGAUUACCCUUUCAAGCCUCCAUCGUUCAUGUUAUUGACCCCUAAUGGUCGUUUUGAAAUCAAUACCAAGAUUUGCUUGAGCAUUUCUAAUUACCAUCCCGAGCAUUGGCAACCUUCAUGGAGUGUUCGGACUGCUUUGGUGGCUCUCAUUGCGUUCAUGCCUACAAGCCCCAACGGAGCUCUGGGAUCAGUAGAUUAUCCACCGGAAGAGAGACGUACGUUAGCCCUUAAAUCACGUGAGGCACCGCCCAAGUAUGGCUCCCCUGAACGCCAAAAAGUUAUCGAGGAGAUUCAUCACUACAUUCUUAGCAAAGCAACUGUGGUUCCAAAACCAAUUCCUCAGGAAUGUAACCAAGCACCUUCCACUGAAUCAGAAACUCAGUCCCAAGCAGAGCCACAGGAAGCCACAACGGUAGUGGAGGAGCAGUCCAUCGCUACAACAGACACCACACCUGAUGAUCAAAUCAUCGAAGAAGCAGCUGAAGCAGUCAAUAGAUCAGCUAGUGUGAGUCCCACUGCAAGAGCGUUGGCAACGGUUGAGGUUGCGGCCAGAGCUUCCGGAAGUGGUGAGCAGACUGUGGUCAGAAGAGCAGCUCAGAAGCCAGCUGAUGACAGAUUGUUCACGCUGGCAGCGGUUGGGCUCACGAUCGCAAUCGUCGUACUUCUCCUGAAGAAGUUUAUACGGUCAGGUGGUUAUGGUGCUGGGCUUAUGGAUGAGUCUUGA